AUGUUUGGGGGUCAAGGAUAUUAUUGCCAGAGUGGUAAUACCAACCAUGAAUUUGGAACUUCGCCUCUUCAAAGGCCAGCGGCUGCUGCAUUUAGUAACAGUUACAUGAAACUUCAGGGUUCGCAUCAAUCUCUUCAGGAGCAGUUGGCAAUGGAGCAGCAGCAUCAGCAGCAGCAGCAGCAGGCGCACAAAGUUCAGGGACAGACGGAUAGUGGUCACCAAGUGUACGGAGCAGGAUUUACUGAUAUUCCCGCAUUGAACUAUGCUAGUACGUCUCCUAAAUACUCAGGUAACACUUACAAUCAGUCGCAGCAGCCAUUACAGCCGUUGCAGCCUGCUAUGGCUACGAGACCACAGCAAGUUAUCCACACACCACCACCUACAGCAACUAGCAUAUAUAGCCAAAACAAUACGUCAUUUACAAAUGUUAAUGAGCCGUCGUUAGCUUUGGGCCAUGCUUCACCAGGCCAAUUUUCAAACAGUUCAGAGUUCAGUGGCCAUCACCAACAGUUACAUCAACAGAAGCAGCAGCAGCAGCAGCAGCAACAACAACACGAACACCAACAGCACUACUGUAAAAUGCCGUCAUCCCCAUAUCAAUCGUCGAUGAAUCCAUUUCCACAAGACCAAUUACAGUCUCAAGUACUUGAUGACCAAAAAUUGGCAUUACAGAGCCAACAAAUACAAGUCACAUCCCAAUCACGUCAGCAAGGCGUCGCAGCAGGUGCAUUAACUCAGUCUCCGACCCCUAAUCAGAGAAAUAGUGCCUGCAGUGCUACCAACUACAUGUAUUUUGAAAGAAGGCCUGAAUUGCUCAGCAAGUCAACGCAGGAGAAGGCAGCCGCUGUAAAGCUGAAGGUGGAGAACUUUUAUCAGUCCUCCGUCAAUCAUGCAAUAGAGAGGAACCAAAGACGUGUAGAAUUGGAAUCGCAGUUAAUGUCUCAAGGCUGGUCUGAAGAGAGAAAGAACAGGCAGCUCACGUCAUUGGGCAGAAAAGAAUCACAAUUUUUAAGACUUCGUAGGACAAGGUUGUCCUUGGAGGAUUUCCAUACGGUCAAGGUCAUUGGGAAAGGUGCUUUUGGUGAAGUCCGGUUGGUGCAGAAAAAAGACACAGGCAAAAUCUACGCAAUGAAAACGCUGUUAAAGUCAGAGAUGUAUAAGAAGGAUCAAUUAGCACAUGUCAAGGCAGAAAGAGAUGUAUUGGCUGGUAGCGAUUCUCCGUGGGUUGUUUCUUUAUAUUAUUCCUUUCAGGAUGCUCAGUACUUGUAUUUAAUCAUGGAGUUUUUACCAGGUGGUGAUUUGAUGACUAUGUUGAUCAGGUGGCAGAUUUUUACUGAAGAUGUGACAAGAUUUUACAUGGCAGAAUGUAUAUUAGCAAUAGAGGCCAUUCACAAACUUGGAUUUAUUCACAGAGAUAUCAAGCCAGAUAACAUUUUAAUUGACAUUCGUGGUCACAUAAAAUUGUCAGAUUUUGGGUUAUCUACAGGUUUCCACAAAACGCACGAUUCUAGUUACUAUAAGAAGUUAUUACAGGAAGAUGAGCAAAACCAAAAUGGGGGGCCUAUGAACAAGCCUCAAGCGUUAGGCAAUGGAGGUGGAAAUAGAAAUACCAUGCUUGUCGAUGCCAUCCAUUUGACAAUGACCAAUCGACAACAAAUGCAAACAUGGAGAAAGUCUCGUCGGUUAAUGGCCUAUUCUACGGUAGGAACACCUGACUACAUAGCCCCAGAAAUCUUUCUGUAUCAGGGUUACGGCCAAGAGUGUGACUGGUGGUCCUUGGGUGCCAUUAUGUAUGAGUGUCUCAUUGGCUGGCCACCCUUCUGUUCCGAAACACCGCAAGAAACUUACAGGAAAAUCAUGAACUUUGAACAAACUUUGGCAUUUCCGGAUGACAUACACAUAUCUUAUGAAGCUGAAGAUUUGAUUCGCCGUCUAUUAGCCCACGCAGAUGAGAGACUAGGAAGACAUGGAGGUGCUUCUGAGAUUAAAAAUCACCCAUUUUUCCGUGGGGUUGACUGGGAGACAAUCAGACAGGUAGGCGCUCCUUAUAUUCCAAAACUUUCCAGUAUCACUGAUACCAGAUUCUUUCCUACCGAUGAACUAGAAAACGUCCCAGACUCCCCCGCAAUGGCUCAGGCUGCCAAGCAAAGAGAGCAAAUGAUGAAACAAGGCAGCGCUGUUGUCGACCCACAAGUCAAGGAAGACCUACCAUUCAUCGGAUACACCUACUCCAGGUUCGAUUAUUUAACAAGAAAGAACGCAUUGUAA